AUGAUUCUACAGCAGUUUAACAGGAAUCCCUCAUUGGCCCUGAACGUUGCUAAGCUUCAGAAGGAUGGAAACAAUCUCCCAUCCCAUGAUGCCCUGUCACAGAUCCUACCAAAGUACCGCUACCUUUCCAAGGGAGCGGACGCUGAGCUCCACGGAGCAGCCCAACAAGAACAGGAGAGACCAGCUGAGAGGCCAGAGACUACAAAGGCCAACAAACCCAACAUAAACCACACCUAUCAAGUACAUCAUCCACAUAAGCGACCCCCUCUGCAUGACUUUGAGGAUGAUCCCCACAUGGCAGAGAUCACUGUCCUCCAAACUAAGUCCAUAUCUCUCCAUCAGGAGGUAGAAAACUACCGUUCGGCCAUGAGCAGGAUGGCAGAAGACAUCAUAGCGCUGAGGACACAGGUAGUGACGUUGGAGACAGAAAACAGCCAGCUCCGCAUUGAUCUGUCUCUGCAUCAGGACCUUGGCCGAGAUCUGCUGGAUGACACAGACAUUGAUGUCAUGACCAAGGCUGAGAUUGCUGAUCGUAUAGCCUCUCUGAAAUUCAAGCUGGCCAGUGAAACCAGUAAGGCUGCCUCGCAAAGGGACAGGAUCCAACAGCUGCAGAAUGAUCUGAUUAAGAAGUAUGACAGUGAGAAGGAGCUACUAAAACUUCAGAGGGUUCACAAACAGCAGCAGGAGGAUCAGAAGUACCAGCAGAGUCGAUUUGCAAAAAUGGCAACUUUGGAGGCCACAGUGAAACAGCAGGAAAAGACCAUUGAGAAGAUGGAGAAAGCAUUAGAUACCAAACUCAGAGAAAAGAAUAAACAGAGUGGUGAUAAAAAGCUGGUGGUGAAAAAACAAAGAGAUGAGACUGACCACAGUAAGGAAGAGAUAGUCUCGGCCCUGGCAGCAGAAAACACUCGUCUCAGAGAAGAGCUGGACAGAAUUCGCCAGCAGCCGGCCCCAGUCAUUAUACACCAGUCAGCACAGGCACUCAAGGUAAUCAAGCCAACAAAAGAUGCACUGCCACUCAAGGAGAGAUUGAGUUUACUGAACAAACUGGAGAAGGCUGAGGCAAGAGUCCAGACUCUGGAGACUCAGCUGCAGGACAACUCUAAAUUAUGGGGGAGACAGAAACAAGAAAUGUUGACCAAACUGAUGGAGCACAGGCAUGGUUUUGUCCGGACAUCCACCACAAUCCUUCAUAAUGUUCCUUCGGUCAGUUGA